UCAUCUACCUAUUCAACUGCCCAAGUUCCAACCCACCAAUAAACCAUCUAUCUGUUCUCCCAUUCUCCCACCUCCAUCCGGCCAUCCAUCUUCAUCACUCUCCUCACCAAAUCCCAACACUUUUUCUCUCUCCUCAAUCCUCAUAAGUCAGAGAGUCACAGACCCCAAAUUCAACCCGAACUCUCACAAAUUCACAAUUAACACACACCUUCUUCAACCUCAACAACCCCUCCAUCCUCAAAACCUCACAAAAAAUGGCUCUGGAAUUUUGGGGAACACUCAAAGAAGCAAUCACAACAUACACAGGUCUUUCUCCAACAACUUUCUUCACUGUAGUUGUUUUAAGUUUAGCCUUUUACCAUAUGGUUUUUGGGUUGUUUGGAUCAACCCCUUCUCCGCAUCAACGCCAUAGGUCUAUGGAGGAAGAGAUGGAGCCCUUGCCACCACCGGUUCAGCUUGGGGAGAUUGAGGAAGAUGAGUUGAAACUCUAUGAUGGCACUGAUCCCAAGAAACCCUUGCUUAUGGCUAUUAAGGGUCAGAUCUACGAUGUUUCCCAGAGCAGGAUGUUCUAUGGUCCAGGUGGGCCCUACGCUUUAUUCGCCGGCAAAGACGCCAGCCGAGCUCUAGCCAAGAUGUCGUUCGAAGAUAGCGAUUUGACAGGGGAUAUUUCCGGCCUUGGUCCUUUCGAGCUCGAUGCACUACAAGACUGGGAAUACAAGUUUAUGAGUAAAUAUGUUAAGGUCGGAACUAUUAAGUCAAAGGAUGCUCCGGUAACUGAUGUAUCCUCUCCUACCGAAGCAGCCGAAGCUACUGACGGCGUGUCAGAGAAGCCUGAAGCAGAGACUGUAGAGACACCGGCUACCGAUGCUGAGAAUAAAGACGAGUAAAACAAACAAAAAACUAUGCCGUUGGCUGUAUACCGAGUUUUGGAAGAAAAAAAAAAAGUUUUUAAGAAGCAUGGAAAAAGAUAUAGAAGGGGGGGCUAAGUAGGUUUGGGGUUAAAGAAGUGUGGAAUGAUGUGAUAAAUUGGAUCCUUGUUACAAGAACUUGUUUACUUGAAUUGCUAUUGUAAAUAAGCAUGCUUGUCUGUGGACUCCAUUGAAUAAGUUUGAUGGUAAUACAGCUGAAAUUGUUGCAA